UCUGACUUGAUCCCUCUUUUUUAGAGCACGCAUUGUAAAAUUUCAUCUUUAAAAAUAAUACGACUACUUACGAAGCAAACUACUAAAUAUUCCCAUCGUGCAUAUUAAUAAAAAUGCAGUCACUGGAAUCUCCCGGGUCACCAAUAUCCGAAACUGGAUCUGUAUCAGACCUCGAAGUUUGUAAAGAGUUUCUUCGAGAGGAAAAAGAAAAACUGGACGUAUUGGAAGCUGAAGUGGUCCAAUACAAACGUAACCUGGAACCAGCUCUCCAACGCGUGCGUGAAAUCGAGGAAAAUAUUUCUAUUCGAGAGAACCAGAUCAAAAAAAUUAAAAUCCUGAGAGCUCAUAUGAAGAGAGCUGAACCUUCAGAGGAGGCAGAUCAUGCAGGCGAGUCUCUACUUGAGUCAACCUCAUCAUCAACAACGCCGUCCACGUCCACCGUUAUUGUGGGAAAUGACAACAUGGCAAAUGUCACUAAUCAAAAUCGUGGCCGAGAGAUUCAAUAUCAUCCAGUUCUAGCCAAAAUAGGAGUGUGGAUUUCAUUUUCCGCAAAAAAUAAUUUGUACAGCAUUUAAUUUUGAGUAAUAUGAAUAAUAAACCAAUCCAAAUUAAUUAA